AUGGCCCUACCCAUCCCGCUUCCCGAAGGCAUAACAAGUCGCAACAUCCAAACCAACGACCUAAACAUCCACAUCCUAGAAGCCGGCUACACCCCAGAAAACAAUAAACCACUGAUAAUCCUCCUCCACGGCUUCCCAGAGAUCGCCUACUCAUGGCGCCGCGUGAUUCCCAAACUAGCAGCAGCAGGCUUCCACGUCGUAGCCCCAGACCAGCGCGGCUUCGGCCGCACCACGGGCUGGGACACGCGCAGCUAUGAGGAUGUGGACCUGGCAACCUUCUCGCUGUCCAGCCUGGUGCGGGAUAUUGUGCUCCUCGUACACGCCCUAGGCCACCGCUCCGUGCGGUGCGUCGCCGGCCACGACUGCGGCGCUGUAUCGGCAGCCAUGUGUGCCCUAAUGCGGCCAGAUUUCUUUCAGAGCGUUGCGCUCAUGAGCCAUCCGUUUAAUGGGGCCCCUGAUUUACCGUUUAAUACGGCGAAUGCAGAUUCCGCGGCGGCCGGGUCUGAUACGGCGGCAGGUGGGGCGGGCGGUGCUGAGGGUUCGGCUGCUGCUGCGGGGAUCCAUGAGGCGCUUGCGGAGCUCGGGCGUAAGCACUAUAAGUGGUAUUACUCGACUAAGCAGGCUGGGCCUGAAAUGUCGGAUCUGGGGCCUGACGAGAUGCAUCGCUUCUUGCGGGGAUACUUUCAUUUGAAGAGUGGUUCGUGGCCUGGGAAUCGGCCGCAUCCGCUAGGGAAGUGGUCUGCGGCCGACCUAGUCAAGUUACCUGGGUAUUAUAUCAUGCCGUUGAAUGAGACGAUGCCUGCUACGGUGGCGCGCGAUAUGGCACAUGAGCCGUCCGACAGUCUGGCCUCGCACUCGUGGCUGCCGGAUGAGGAGCUCGCUGUUUAUGUGGGUGAGUAUGGUCGUACGGGCUUCCAUGGUGGAUUGAAUUGGUAUCGUGUUCGCACUGCUGCUGGGGGCCGGUAUACGAAGGACUUUGACGUCUUUGCUGGGAAGAAGCUCGAGCCGCCUUGCGCUUUUGUCUCGGGCAAGCUGGACUGGGGUAACUAUCAGGAGCCUGGUGCUAUUGAGAAGAUGAAGACCGGGGUUUCGUGUGCAGACCUGCGCAUCUUUCGGCUUGUGGAUGGGGUUGGGCAUUGGACACCCCAGGAAAGUCCGGACGAGGUGGCACGGGCGAUUCUGGAUCUGAUCGGAGGUCUGCGCGACUAG